AUGGCCGUCGAGCAGCCGAGCCCGGUGAAGGAGGAUGCACCCGUCGAGGAGCCGUUCGUGACGCAGCACGACCGCCAGCAGGUGCAGCGGUCGACGCAGCAGACGCGCGACGACUGCCUGCGGCAGCUCGAGUUCUACCUCUGCGACAUCAACCUGCCCUACGACGCCUUCCUCAAGGGCGAGAUGGGCGCGGACGGGUCCCUCGCCUGCGAGACGGUGGCGAACAGCGGGCGCAUCAAGCAGUACGCGCCGCUGCUGACGCCGAAGCAGCGCGCGUUCCUGCUCUGGGACGUCGCCGAGGCGAGCGACUCCGUCGCGCGCGUCGGCGACCGCCGCGUCAGGCGCGCGUACCCGCUGCCCGCCGACGACGAGAAAAAGCCCGUCUGCGUCUACGCGCGCCUGGCGCCGACGGAGACCGCGCGCGAGUACCUCGGCGACGACGACGCGUUCGAAAGGGCGCUCGCGGCGCGCGCCGACGCCGAGAGCUUCGGGCCCGUCGUCUCGGCGCGGCGCCGCCGGGACCUGCGGAAGACGCGCGACCUCACGGGGGAGGUCGUCGUCGAGCUCGAGGACGAAGCCAAGGCCACGGCGCUCCUCGCCGUGCUGACGGAGGCGACGAGGCUCGACGGCCGCAAGCUCGUCACGGACCGGCCGGACGUCGCCGUCGCGGCCGCGUCGACGGCGGCCGACUUCUACGACCAGUUCGGCGCGGACUGCGAGGCCUUCGCCGCCGAGGGCAAGCGCCGCGCGGCGGAGCGCACCAACGGCGGCUCGGGCCAGAAGCGGCCCCGCGAAUCCGUCGAGCGCGCGUCGGGCCUCGUCCUCGCGUUCGACGGCGCCAAGGAGGACUGCGACCGCGAGGCCCUCGAGGCCGCCUGCGCGGCCCACGGCAAGGUGGCCUUCGUCGGCUUCCAGCGCGGCGCAGAGUCGGGGACCGUGCGCUUCGACGACGCGGCCCACGCGGCCGCCGCGCGCGACGCGCUCUCGGCCGCGGGCGCGGACGCGCCCGCGGGGACCUGGCGCCUGCUCGAGGGCGCGGAGGAGGCCGACUACUGGCGCGACGUCGACGACUACCUCGAGCGCAAGCGCGCGCGCGCCGGCGGCAAGGGCGGCAAGGGCGGCAAGGGCGGCAAGGGCUUCGGCCGCGGCAAGGGCGGCGGCAAGGGCCGCGGCGGCGGCUUCGGCAAGGGCCGCGGCCGGCAAAUGGAGACGCUCGAGCGCGCGCGCCAGGGCUCCGACGCCGCCGCCGUCGACGACGUCGCGUGCGCCUGGCUCCGGAGAAACGGCAAGGGCGGCUACGUGAAGGCGUUCCUGGUCAUGCGCCGCAAGACGGACACGCUCUCCUGGUGCGAUCUGGAGGACCUCAUCGCCAUCUUCGAGCCCCUCCCGCUGCAGCCGGAGGGGCAGGGCAACGACGACGACGCGCUCGCCCAGAUGCUCUCCGGAUUAGGCCUCGACGCGACCCGAUGA